AUGUCGGCUGAAGAGCCAAUUGACCUUUCGGUCUAUGGCCUCGAUGGAGGUGAUUCUGGAAAUGUCACUAUUGCUGCGGCAAUGAAUGACCAAUAUAACCGUGGUGAUCUCGCCUGGGUUCUUACCGCCGCCGUUUUGGUCUGGCUCAUGAUUCCAGGUGUCGGUCUUCUCUACGCCGGAUUGUCGAGACGACACGCUUCUGCUGCUCAGCUCUGGCAGGGUCUCGUUGCAGUCGGAAUUGUCACCUUCCAAUGGUUCUUCUGGGGAUACUCCUUGACUUUCUCGCACAGCGCCAACGAUUUCAUCGGUGACUUGAAGAAUUUUGGUUCGAUGCACGUCCUUGGUGCUCCAUCCGUUGGCUCCUCCUUGGUUCCAGACAUUCUCUUCUACUUCUUCCAACUUGUCUUCGCCUGUGUUACCGGUGUCAUCAUGUUGGGUGGUGCCGUUGAACGUGGUCGUCUCAUGCCCUCUAUGGUUUUCCUCUUCAUCUGGACCACAAUCGUCUACGAUCCUAUCGCCUGUUGGACCUGGAACGGCGCCGGCUGGUUGUUCAAGCUUGGGUCUCUCGAUUUCGCCGGUGGUGGACCUGUCCAUAUGUCGUCUGGUGCAGGUGCUCUCGCCUACGCCUUGAUGGUUGGUCGUAGAACUGGUGAUCACGGUGGAAAGAUGCCACACUACAAGCCAGGAAAUGUCUUCUUUGUCGCUCUCGGGACAAUCUUCCUCUGGUUCGGCUGGUUCGGCUUUAACGGCGGUUCUGCUGUCAAUAUGUCCCUCCGUGCCAUCUAUGCCGCCGUCAACACCAACCUCGCAGCCUCCUGUGGUGCCCUCACAUUUUGCAUCAUUGAUUAUUUCCGCAAGGGUCAAAAAUGGUCAAUUGUAUCACUCUGCUCCGGUGCCAUUGCUGGUCUAGUUGGUAUCACUCCAGCUUGCGGAUACGUUCCUAUCUACACUGCCGUUCCAAUCGGUGUUCUCGCUGCUACUGCUUGCAAUUUUGCCUUCGACCUCAAACAUAUUCUCAAGAUUGACGACGGACUUGACGUUUUUGCUCUUCACGGUGUUGGUGGCUUUGUUGGAAACGUCCUUACCGGUAUCUUCGCUGCUGACUACAUUGCCGCUCUCGACGGUGCUACCGAAAUCCCUGGUGGUUGGUUGAACCAGAACUACAUCCAGCUCGGAUAUCAGCUCGCCGGCUGUGUUGCUAUCCUCGCAUACGCCUUCACUGUCACCUGUCUCAUUCUUUUCGUUGUUGAUAAAAUUCCUGGACUCGAUCUCCGACUCCCCUCUGAGUUUGAAGAUAAGGGUAUCGAUCACUACGAUAUGGGUGAGAUGCUUUUGGAAUAUGGUCUCAUGGAGGUUCUCGAGGCUGGUGUCGAAGCCAAGCGAACUUCUAAGGUCCCACCAGAGGCUAUGGCUCCAUCUUCGGACGGCGAUGACGCUGCUCAGGUAGAAGCGAAACCGUAG